AUGUUCAGCCCGGACGGGGGGCUGCCGGCCGCCCCCUUCGGCCUUCUGACCGACGCCGGACCUCCCUUCCCCCGCGGCAGCUUCGACGGAGCGCCCGCUCAGCCGCUCUUCUUCCCCUUCGCCGCCACCGCCGAGCCCGAGCCCGCCCGCGACCCGCCGCCGGCCCGCGCCUGGCUGCCCCCGCCCGUGCCCGCGCCGCCCGCCAAGGUGGAGGCGCGCCCGGGCCGGCCCUGCAGCCAGCCCGAGUCCGAGCCCCGCGCCGCCGCUUGCUGCGGCCCGGCCUGGCCGCCCCCGCCCUGGGCCGGGCCGGCGCCCUCCGGCCCCGCCGCCCUGCCCGGGCCGCCCUUCCCCGGCCCGGCUGCCCCUGCCUUCCCCGGCCCCCAGCUCUGCCCCUCCGCGCUGCAGCCGGGCUCCGGCGGCCCGUCGGGGCUGGGCAGCAGCGGCAGCUCCAGCGGCGCCGCCAGCGAGGGCGGACACUCCAGCGACAGCGGUGAGGAGGAUGCGCCAACCUCAGGAGAGCUGGAGCAGUUCGCCAAGGACCUCAAGCACAAGCGCAUCAUGCUGGGCUUCACCCAGGCUGACGUGGGGCUGGCGCUGGGCACCCUCUACGGGAAGAUGUUCAGCCAGACAACCAUCUGCCGCUUCGAAGCGCUCCAGCUCAGCUUCAAGAACAUGUGCAAGCUAAAGCCGCUGCUGCAGCGCUGGCUCAACGAGGCGGAGAACACGGACAACAUGCAAGAGAUGUGCAAUGCAGAGCAAGUACUAGCCCAAGCCCGGAAGAGAAAACGCAGGACCAGCAUCGAGACCAACGUGAAAGGGACACUGGAGAGCUUCUUCCGCAAAUGUGUGAAGCCCAGUCCCCAGGAGAUCUCUCAGAUCGCUGAGGACCUCAACCUGGAUAAAGAUGUGGUCCGGGUCUGGUUCUGCAACCGGCGUCAGAAAGGCAAACGGCUGCUGCUGCCCUACGGCAACGAGGCAGAGGGGAUGAUGUAUGACAUGAACCAGCCCCUGGUGCCCUCCACUCUGCCCAUCCCAGUGACGUCCCAGGGCUACAGUCUGGCACCCUCCCCCCCUGUCUACAUGCCGACCUUCCACAAAGCUGAGAUGUUCCCACAAGCGCUGCAGCCUGGGCUCUCCAUGAGUAACAGUGGCCACUGA